AUGUUACCAAUUUCAAUGCAAAAAAGAAAAUCAAUCUAUGAAAAAAUCAAACCAUUAAUCAAUGGACCAAAUACCCGUAUUGUUCUUAGAGUCGUCGCAUUACUUCUUUUAAUUGUUUUCGUUGAUUCAAUUGUCAACUCAUACAAUAUCAACAAGAAACUUCACAGCCCAGAAUUUGCCUCUAAAAUCGAUAGACAAAAUGAAUACACUCGUAUGUUUAGAUAUCAAAGAAAUAUUUACAUCUCUGGUUUUUCACUCUUUUUAUAUUUCCUCAUUUUCCGUUCACAAUCAAUCGUUGCUGAUCUCUCAAAAAUGGAAGUUAACCAAGAUGCCAUCGCCAAGCAAACCAAAAAUAAUCAAAGCCAAGUUGAAACUCUUAUUUCAGAAAAUGAAAAAUUAUCAAAACAAUUAAAAGAUUUAAAGAAAAUGGAAAAAGAACAUCAAGCUAUGAAAUCACAAGCUGAAAACACCUCAAAGGAAUAUAUGAAGUUAAAAGAAGAGUAUAAUGAUCUUUUAGGUAAAAAAACUAAAGAUCAAAAGAAAAAAGAUUAA